AUGUCAAAACAUCCCUUCUCAAAAGACCUUCCUUCAAAGCCUUUUCAUACACCACCUGAUACCCAUGAACGCGAGAAAGCUCGGAACGAAAGGUCUAUGAGACGCGGCGGCUCUUGGUUCACAAAAGGAACAUCCAACAUGAUUCGUCAGUGGCAUUCCCGACCGAAAACUUCUGCAGAUGCUGUUCUUGUCGACCACCCAGAAAUAUCUGCCACGAAAGUGGUCGUUUCAAAGUAUUCAGAAAUUCCAAACACUUAUGGAGAUAUUAAAGUCGUUAUCUUACAACUCAAAACCGCCACAUCCUUGAACCUUAGACCGGCAAUAUAUUUCAUUCACGGUGACCCUUUCAUGGCCGAUGGACCCCUUGACGGUAUAUCCGGCUUCUUCGAUCUGAUCAAACAACUUGAUCUUGUGCUGUUCACAAUCGAUUAUCGCCUUCUGGACAAGUGUUGGUGCCCCACUCCACUAACAGAUUGCUAUCGUGGUCUUCAAUACGCUUUCAAAGAGGCCAACAAUUUGCGCAUUGAUCCUACGAAGAUAAUGAUAGCUGGGCAGUUUUUAGGUGGAGGGCUUGCUGCCGCAACUGCAAUCAUGGCUCGUGAUGGAGUCGAUAUGGGACUACAUGAAGGGGGAAAGUUAAUGGCACAGUGCUUAGUCUGCCCUGUAAUCGAUGAUCGCUUGGUUAUGAAAUUGAAAGAAGAUACCGAAGACGAAGGGGAGUUCUGGACCACUACAGUCUUGAGGAAAACUGUAUGGGAUUAUUAUCAGCCGGACAUUUAUAUCAUUCCAGACUAUUAUUCCGACCUCCAGCUUAUAUUAGACGCUGAUGCGAGGGACAAAACAACUCUUUCAGAAGCUCUACGGAAAGAAAAAGUCCGGAGAACCUAUCAUCGGUCACAGCAUCUGAGAUAUGUAACGCCAGCCUGUGCGCCAAAUUUGUAUGAUUUACCACCAACAUGGAUUGAUGUCGGAAGGGAGGAAGUGUUUAGAGACCAAGUCAUGAAAUAUGCGACGAGAUUGAUGGACGCUGGGAAUGAAACGGAGUUGCAUAUUUUGGAGGGGAACCGUUGUGAUUUUGACAGUUUACAUAGACCCCAGACAAAACUCUCUCAAGCCUACAUGAAUUUGAGAUUAGAAUGGAUAAGAAAAGCAUUCAAGAAAAGUAGAUAA